AUGUGUGGAUCAAUUGCCGAAUUAAAAAGUUUACAUGCAAUUGAUAAUGUUGUUAAUAAAGUAAAUACUAUUUUGAAGAGAAAAGAAAAAAAAGCAAAUAAAAAUUUAAUCGUCAAAGCUUGUAAAAACGCCGUUUCUCUUCUUUGGUCGAAAAAAAAAGAAAUUUCACCAACUGUUUUGUCUAUUUAUCUGCCAUUAAAUGCUCUUGAAUCUAUUCAAGAUACUGUUGUACCUAAUGUUUCAUCGAAUGAAGAAGUAUCAGAAAGUAGUGCUAAUGAUGAUAGUAUUCAUAAUGACUCAGAUAGUCAAUUAUUAUCAUCAUCAUCAUCAUCGCGUUCUUUUUUUUCUCCUUCUCGUUCUUCUACUCCUUCUUCUCCUCUUUCUUCCUCUUCUUCUUCAUUUUCUAUUGAUGUUCGUGCAUUAAAAAAUGAACUAAGCCGACAAAUAGGUCAUAUCUUACAAUCAGCACGUGAACGUGCUGGUGGAAAAAGUAUCAUCAAUAGUCUACGUAUGAGUUCAUUUUUUACUCUUGUAUUCAAAUGUAUCAAGCCAUUGAAACAAGUUCCUCCUAUUAAAGAUUACCAACAGUAUCGAAAUGAUGAUUCAAUGAGUUCUAUUCUCUUGCUUCGAGCAUCAAAUGAAAAAAAUUAUCUUUUACAAUUUUAUCCACAUUCUAAUUCAGUAGAUGUUACUUUUAAUGAAAUUUGGAUAGAAGAAGCUUUAUCUUCCUUUGAUUUAGUUGGAGUAAUGUAUGUUGAUGAUCUUUCUUAUCUUAUUCGAGAAUGUGCGUUAACACGUAAUAUAAAUUUAGAUGUUGAAAAUCUUUUAGAAAUGUUAAAAACAGAAAUAUUAUCUUGUCGUUCUACAUUCUCUCCUGCUCCUCGUUUGCUUACUGUUGUUUUAAAACUUAACAAAAAGGAUUGUAUACGAACAAGUGAUGAUCAAUAUGCUGUUGAUGAUCAUCAAUCUUUUUCUGCAGCUGAGAUCGAUACUAUUAUUGGUCGUACCUAUACCACACGUGGUAUAAAACGUUCAUAUGAAGCAGACUCUAUUGCAAUUGAGCCUAAUCGAAAUAAAUAUAGAGAGAUAAAACUUUCUAAAGAUAAACGAGAUUUGUUACAUUUGAAAGAUACCUAUCAUUUAACAGAUGGUGCUUUCAAUGCUAUUUUUCAGUUUAUUAAAAGUAAAAAGAAAUUGUGUUCUUUAGCCGAAAUUGAACGACUUAGGAUAAAAACCAAUUCUAAGUUUCCCAUUUUGUUCACGAAAACAAGCGCAUAUGUUAGAUUUGAAUAUGCUGUACGUACUGCAAUUUUUGUUGCGCGUAAACAUGAGCCAAAGCUUGAACAGUUUGAUACACUUAAUGUUCGUUUCAAUAUGGAUGGUACUUUGAUAGGAAAUAAACAUAUAGUUGCGAUAUCAAUUAAUUGUAUUGAAGGCGGUUAUCCAUGCCAAAGUUCAAAAAAUCUUGUCCCGUUAGGUCUCUUCGAAGUACAAAAAGAAAAUACUGAAUUGUUACGUACAACUCUUCCAACAGAAUUUAUUGCUGAUAUUAAAUCAGUCAAAAAGAUUUCUCUAGGUUCAAAAAUUGUUGAUAUACCUAUACGACUUGGUGGUGAUUUGAUGAAUGCUGUGUAUGUGUUCGGACUUGCUGGAUUUAGUUCCAAUUAUCCGUGUAUCUUUUGUACACAGCAUAAA